AUGAAGGGAGUUAGAUCUAAGGAUAAUUGCUAUCUAUGGAAGCCUGACACUCCUGUCCACCUUUCUGACUACUCCAUGAUCAAGGAAGAACUGAAAAUGUACCAUCACGAAUUUGAUGAAUCUUAUGAUUCUGAUGAAUCAGAUAAAGAAUCUUAUAUUGGUGAUCUCGCCAUAAGUGAACUGUCUACUAGUUUUUCUGAGACCAGUCUAAUGAAUGAGAAACUGUGUGCAAAAUUAAGGGAAUAUAGAAGUAUCAAUAGAUUUCUGCUAGAAGAAAGAGUAAGCCUUGUGAUGGACAUUACAGAUCGGGAAAGAAAACGGGAAAAGUCAAAUGUGAACAAUGAUCCUAAAGGACUGUCUGAAAGCAAUGUCACAGAGAAUGUUGCAACAACAUCUAUAGACAAUGUGACAGAAAAGGACUCAGCAACACCGGAAGAGUGCGCUAACCCUAAUAAGGUUCUUAAGGUUGUCCCUUUAAGGACGAUUAGUAGUGACGAAGUAAAGGCCACAAAUCCUAAAAUGACUCAUCCAAAACGACCCAAGGAGGGUAUUCACAACAAGGGUACCAAAUCCUCAACAUCUGCUACCAUGGAGAAACUUACUAAAGAAGGAUCUAAGUAUGUUGAUAAUGCAAUUACCAGGAUUGUUAAUCGUAUUCUGAAGGAGAAUCAUCAAGUGUCUGAAAUAACCAUUCCACUUCAAACCAUAAUGGCUGAUCCCCCCAAUAACACCAGCAAGGCUGAGGCUGUUCACACCGUGGAUAGUGACCUAGAAAUUAACAAGGAUGAGCAAGGAGUUACUAAGAAUACCAAUGUCACCAAGGAUGUCAAUGACAUUGACAAUAAUGAUCACCCUAAGGCCAUCACUGAAACUGACACUAAUGUGGUAAAUUUUGAUGAGUACUCUGAAGACGAAUUACUUACUUCCUUGAAUCCGGGUGUAGCCAACAGGCUAAUGACAAGAAGAAAAGGCAAAGCUGUUGUUCAAGGAUUACCAAAAAGGAGCACUCAAGUGAACAACCCUGCCAAAGACACUAUCAGGAAGAAGAGUACUUAUGCAGGUCCUGUCAAGAGCAAAGUUGUUACCAAAAGUAAAGGGGUUGGUCCUUCAAAAUCUUGGAGCAGGGUCAUUCCAAAGAAAAGAAAAGAGCGGGAAAUUGUUGAACCUGAAUCUGAUGUUGAAGUAAAUGUCCCUAACAUCCCAUCAAGGAAGAAGCCUACAACCAGUAAGCUUGUUGCUAGUAUCCCUGAAGUUCCCAUUGAUAAUGUAUCUUUCCACCAUGCCUCUAGUGUCAGCAGAUGGAAAUAUGUUCUUCAAAAGAGAUUGGUUGUCGAACGGGAAUUGGCUCCAAAUGCUCUUGAAAACAAGGAGGUCCUAGAACUGAUUCAAGAAGCUGGACUGCUAAAAACUGUGUGCAAUCUUCCCAAAUGCUAUGAGAAGUUGGUCAAAGAAUUUGUGGUAAACCUAUCUGAAGAGUGUGACAAUAGCAGAAGUACAGACUACAGAAAGGUGUUUGUAAGAGGUAAGUGUGUAUCGUUCUCUCCUUCUGUGAUUAAUAAAUUCUUGGGAAGAACAGAUAAAGCUCAAACUGAGCUGGAAGUAACAGACAACCAAGUUUGUCAAGUGAUCACAGCCAAGAAGGUAAAAAGCUGGCCCAUGAAAGAGAAACUAACUGCAAGUAAGCUGAGCAUCAAGUGUGCAAUGCUUCACAAAAUAGGAGCAGCUAAUUGGGUUCCAAAAAAUCACAAGUCCACUAUCUCAACUGUGCUUGGUAGAUUUCUGUAUGUUGUAUGA